GUGCCCUCAGAAACCAUCCAGGAAUUAUAAUAACUACUACUGCUGUGCCUCUCUGCUUUGGGGAAAAGGAAAGAUAAAGAGAAACCAGUCUGCUCGGCAGAAACGCAAACUCUCUUCUCGUGGGGAUGAAACACAGACCGAGCCCUCAUCUUUCAAAAGUCUCCAGAAGAAGAAAUGAAAGUUAGUAGUAUCGUAUCCACACACCAGUGAUCUUGACCAAUAGCGUAUGAUUUAGCCGGAAAAGUCGUCUCAAGAUUCUUCGUAAAAUAAGAGCUGUGAUUUUACCAGAUAAUUUCUAGGAUACCCUUAAAACUGACCUGUGAUAUAUCGCUGUGAUAACUCAAGACUCCACUCACUCAAAUCUCUCGGUGUUACUUCUGAAGCAAAAGGCUCUACAACACAUCCAAGAUGCCUAUGGAAAUUGUUCACCCUGACGCCCUUUUGGAGGACGAGGAGAACGAGGAGGAGGUGGAAGCCUCCGACGGGGAGGAAGACAAAGACAGAGACAGGAAGGACGGAACCAGGGAGGAAAGACACACCACCAUUCAGAGGGAGCUGGCGGAUGCCAUCGUUCGCUUGGCACCCAUUGAAGAGCUAAAGAUCUUGCUGCAGUGCGGUGCAAAUGUGAAAGAUGCCGUUACUCAGGGUCUGACUCCUCUCCACUACGCUGUUUGGCAAAGGUACCCAGAAGCUGCAGAGUUCCUGAUUGCCGAAGGUUGCGACAUCAACGCAAGGGAUGAAAUUGGGUACACUGCCCUCCAUCUUUCCGCUGAACACGGUUACACAGAGAUGAUGCAGGUUCUCCUCAAGCACAGUGCCCAGGUCAACUUCAACAUUCCACCAGAAGACGAAGAAGAGUUUCCCACUGACGCUAGUGAUGAGCCCCUUAGACUAGCUCUAAAGCACGAUCACUUUGACGCAGCGAAGCUCCUUCUGGAACAUGGAGCAAACCCAAAUGCGAGAUACUUCUUCGGUUCAGAGAUAAACCUUAUCAAUCCUCUAAACACGCAGCUUCUGGACCUCCUGCUUUCAUAUGGUGCCAAUCCAAAUGCCAAGGACCGCCAAGGUUUCACCCCGAUCAUGAAGUGUUGUCGCCUCCAGCAGGACGCCUCAGAUGAGAUGGAGACGCGGGAGAGCAUUUCGGGUGUAGAGGUCCUUCGUCACUUCGCCCAGACCCUCAUGGGUCUGGAGUCUGUCCUCUUACUGAUCUCCUUCGGAGCCGACGUGAACGCCCGCACCGAAUCGCGGCAUGACUACAGGUGGAAUAGCGUCUAUACUGACUCUUCCCGAUCCAACAACCUUCUGCCCCUUAACAGGUCCGUGCUCCACUAUGCUGUUCUCUCAGGCUCCGUUCCCAUCGUCAACCUCCUCCUCAAACAGGGCGCUAAAGUGAACUUCGAGCCCGAGUACAACAAGCCCACGCCCCUGGACUUGGCCAUCUUGAAGGGUGAUGUCGAUGUUGUGAAGCUUCUCCUUGAAAGUGGAGCCAACUUGGAUGCUAGCUCUCCUAUCAUAGGCUCACCUCUUCAUAUGGCCUGCAGUGAAGGCAUCCCCAACAGACAAGAGAUCCUGAAGCUACUGCUGGAGGCUGGCGCUAACCCAAACCUUGUGAUCAUAGGGGAAGAUGGUUCGCCCAUUAAGCCCCCUCUUGGGGAAUACUUGACCUCCAACGAGGAUCCCGAAGAAGAGGUUAUCUCCCUCUUCCUAAGACACGGUGCUGAGGUGGUCAUGCAAAGCCAGAACCGUGAUCCUCGUGGUCUCUUGAACUGUUUCCCAACCCUCACCAAGAAGCCAGAAGUCCUGAUCACCCUACUCGAAGCUGCCCAGAGAUUUGACCUUGCAAUCAUCAGACAUUCUUCUCGUAUCGACAGCGAACAGAGGCAAAUAUUCCUCAAGGUGGGCCAGUCACCUCUCCCCCUCAAGCACUUGACUCGUGUACACCUUCGUCAGGAGCUGGGGCCCAAACUGCCCAACAGGAUUGACGAACUUGAUCUCCCAACCAUCAUGAAAAAGUAUCUCCUGUACGAAAUCAGUUAAUUCGCCUGCUCACAUUUCCGUCUAGUUUUUAAAUCCAAGAGUUAUCACUUAAUAAACUUUCUUUUUGAUCUUGUAGAUUACGUAAGGACGGAAUGUAAAAAAAAAAGUUCUGAUUUUUUUUCACAUCUCCAUCUCAUAUAUAUUUAUAUAUUGGAGAAGAUUUAAGAGACUUAAGAGGAUGAGGCACGUCACUGGAUUCGCUUUAGUAGAGAACUUCACUUUAUUGGAAAUCAUUUUAAGACUGAGACUUGUUCCUUUUAGGAAGUUAACCCUUUCGGCUACAUGACCGAGCAGAAGUAAUUUUUUAUUGUGUUAACGCCUUCAUGUCAGAAAGACAAUGAUCUUCAGCCAACUUUAUUUUCUCCAUACUAAAGCUUCUCGUGACGUUAAUCAACCCAUAAGUUUACCUGAUAUAUAUUUUUUGUAUAGAUAUAUACUGAUGUAUCUAUCAGUUUGCUUUGGAAGAGGUUGUCAAGGCCAAUGCUUCUUGAGCAAGUUAGUAGUAAGUAGAUUUUCCAAUUGAUCAUUACUAUAAUGAUUGGCUUAUGUAAUCUCGGACAAUAUUCCGUUAUGUUACAAGCAGUUAUUUGAUUUUAUUUAUUGUGAUAUAUUAAUCUUUUAGUUUUAUCUCUUAAAGGUAUAACUUAAUGUUUAAGCUUUUCAUAGAAUUUAAAGUCUUUGUUAAUGUUUAUUAGGUCACAGUUACUUAUCAAUGAAAUGCGGCUGGUUGGGAACAGUUUAGUUACCCUAAAGAGAAUCUCAGUGGAAUUUGGGUGCUCGUACUUCCGGGUUAGUGCCACUGAUCUAACUCGCUGGGAUUAGAAUGCUUUAGAACUUGGCUGUCAGGAAGUUCCUCACAUUUAAGUUCCGAAUGCUGAUUUCUUCCAUUUAUUCAAUAAGAACUUUUAGAUCUGUAAUAUUAAUUUACCCCACUUAAAACAAAAAACAUUUCAUCGACUACUAUGGCUUAGUCCACUUGCAUCAGAAACGUUUCGUUGGCUAAUAGGGUUCAGUCCACUAGCAUCAAAAAUGUUUCGUAGACUAAACGGUUCAGUCCACUAGCAUCAAAAAUGUUUUGUGGACUAAUGCAACUUGGUCCAUUUGCAUCAGAAACGUUUUGUGGACUAAUACCACUUAGUGCAUCAAAAACAUUUCGUUGACUAAUACAGUUUAGUCCACUAGCAUCAAAAAUGUUCUGUCAACUAUUACGAUUUCAUUGACUAUCUCAGUCCUCAGUCCAGAUUCACAAAACAGAUUUAUCGCUCUCCAGAAAACUGUUCUUCUCAACUUUCAACAGCUUUUUCGCAAGACUUCCGCAUACCUGUUUUUAUUUCUCUCGUGUAUCACUGGCACAACCCUUGCACAAGCAUUAUGCAAGAAUGCCUGAUGCUCUCAAGAGAAAGAAAUUUUCUUUUAUACACUCUUAGACUUUCUUCUAAUUAUUUUUACAUAUCAAGUUGGUAAUAUGUAUAUAACUGUUUUUUAACGUUAGUCAUUUAAUAUUUUUGUAAUACAUACAUAUUAUUUAUGCAUCUUUUUUACUGUUUUUUAAUUUUAUUUGAUAAUUAAAAAUUAAUUUAGAGAAGUGCUGACACACGUUUAAAGCAAAGUCCUUGUUUAGCCUAGCAAUGCUGUAGUAGAGGGUUUUACUCACAAACACUCUUCACUCUUGGGUGUCAAUGAAAACGAGGUUUUUCCUCACUUAACAUGCAACUUUACGAAAUAGUUUUUAAAACUUUGUUCAUUAUAUAAAAAGGGUUUUAAAAGAAAUGUUCAAGAAAUGGUUUUUUAUGACUUUGUAAAGAUAUAUCCCAGCAUUUCUAGGCCUAGACUUUGCCCAAAGGCUCAAGUGAAGCCAGAAAUCACUUUUGCGCACUUUGUUCCUUCAAACCACAAGGGUUGGUUUGUUCGCUUAUGGUCUGAUUGAUGAUCCGGUGAGCUCUUUUUACCAAGAGAGGUGAUUUCCAAUCUCCUUUGUCGACAUUGGGGUCCCUAUCUCGAUUCUCUUACAGAUUUUCUGUUCAACACUUUUUACUGAAAAUUUAAUAUAACUUUAAUGGAUAAGUUUGUAAGUUAAGAAUUAGUUUCUUUUCCAAGAUUUAAUUCAAUUUGGGAAAAAGAAUUUCAUAUACUUAUAUUCCUACAGAGAACGCUAUCAUUUCAGCGUCAUAAAUUCACACGUUUGAUCAGCAAUCUUAUCUCCGUAGAAUUGUGAAAUAUAUAAACACUCGAGGAGAGACACCAGGAACACUUUCAAGUACCAGUUUGUUUUCAAGAACUUGAAAGCCUUUCAUGUCUAGCCUGCUAGACCCAGACCCAGAAAAACUGAAAAGGCUUCAUUUCUUGCUAGCUGAUUGUUGAGCUGGUUAUCUUCAAACCAAAGAAGCUCAUAUUUUUUUGGAUAGUACUUGAUUACCAAGUCGGUUACCUUAAAACUGAAGAGGCUAAUUUUGUAAUAGUACUUGGUUGCUGAGAUGUGGUUAUCAUAAAAACUUAUGUAAACUGAUUUUUUUCUAAGUACAUGUCCACCUCUUUGGAGUUUAGCGAGAUCUUUGUUAGUAGAAUGGUUGUUUGUGCGCUUAAAAUUGUAUUCAGUUUGAAUAAACUACUGUAUUUAUUAUGAUAAAGAA